CGCUCAGUUGAAUCGCGCCAAUCGCGGAUUUUGACAGGUCGUUGAAAACCAAAACAACUUUUUAGGUUAUGUAUUUAAUUGUUUAUGUACAAUAAAGAAUAAACUAAUAAUAUUACCUAAUAUAAUAAACUAAAUAUGAAAAACAGUUGGUUUAAACUAGUAUGUAACAAAACAGAAUUGCAACUAGUGGGUACUCUAAAUGGAGGUCAAAGUUUUAGGUGGAAAAAACAUCCCCAAAACAAUGAUCAAUGGAUAGGAGUAUUUUCAAAAAAGGUUUGGAUUUUAAAGCAAGAAGAAAACUGUAUUCUUUAUCAAGUAUUAGAAAAAUCAGAAAAUCAAGAUGAAAACCAUUACAAUCUGUUGUUAAAAACCUAUUUCCAGCUUGAUUUAAAUCUCGCAAAAUAUUACUCCGAGUGGUCAGAGUGCGAUAGAUAUUUUAAAGACGCUGCAAAACAAUUUUAUGGAAUUAGGAUUUUAAAACAGGAUUUAACUGAAAAUAUUUUCUCCUUUAUUUGUUCUUCAAAUAACCAUAUUUCUAGGAUCAGUAGCAUGGUAGAGAAGUUGGCAAAAUUUUAUGGUGAAGAAAUCUGCGAAUAUGAAGGAGAGAUGUAUUACUCAUUUCCUGACGUUGCAAGCCUAGCUCAAGAUUCUGUAGAAGAUAAAUUGAAAGCGAAUGGUUUUGGAUACAGAUCCAAAUAUAUUAGCAAAUCUGCUCAACACAUAUCGAAUGAAGGUGGUGAGAAUUGGUUAGCUAAGUUAAGAGACAUGGAAUAUGCAGAUGCUAAAAAAACUUUGAUGAAACUAACUGGUGUUGGUGCUAAGGUAGCAGAUUGUAUAUCUCUGAUGUCUUUAGGCCAUCUUGGCUCAGUACCUGUUGAUACUCAUGUGUAUCAAAUAGCUAAGAGACUUUACAUGCCUAAACUACCCAAUAAUAAAACUGUGACUGAGAAGGUUUACAAUGAAAUUGGGGAUCAUUUUAGACAGUUAUAUGGACCUCUAGCCGGAUGGGCACAUACCGUGUUAUUUUGCGCGGAUCUUAAGAAAUUUCAAGGCAAUAAUGUUGAUUCAGAGGAAAUAAACAGCACAACUAAGAAGAAAAAGAAGUCCAAAUAAUUUUAAUACUCUUUUAUAAUGUAACGAUUUACUUUGCUUCCAGUUUGUUUAAUACAUUUUUUUAUAUUAUUUAAUUCUAGUAUUAUUUUUUAGAG